AUGACGUUUUGGUACGAGCUCUGGGUAAAUCAACAUUUGGGAGAGGGUCUUGUUUUCGCCUCAACCAGAGGAAAGCGAGGUCUUGAUCCAGAUCAACAAACUGAAAAUGAAGACAUCUUCACUUCGACAUUGCAUACAUUUCUCUCCCAUUUGUUGUUGACAGGAGACGUACACACAGGCGUUCGAUGUGGCUCCUGCCGCGGCCCGGUGCGAGGAAGUCGCUACAAAUGCCUCCAAUGCAGGGACUUCGACCUCUGCGCCACGUGCGAGGCCAGCGGGACCAAGCACUCGCAUCAUUCUUUCAUCAGACUCCCUUCUCGCAUAUCGGUUGUCCCUCUUACGCUUGACCUGGAUGGCAUAACCAGUGUAAUGUGCGAUGAAUGCAAGAGGAACGUUGUGGGACGUCGCUACAAAUGCCUCCAUUGCCGGAAUUACGACCUCUGCCUGAGAUGUGAGGCUGCAUCCAAGCAUCGAAAUCACCGGAUGCUCAGGAUCCCUUUCAGACCGCAAGUCCAAGAGGAAGUGACUCUGCACAUCCCGAAUUUCCAACAGUUCUUUCGUAUUGGAUGGUACAUCAUCCAGGGCUUCGUCGGGAGCCGAUUCUUCCAUUUAGAUCCUGGAGUGAUAUUGGAAGUGGAAGGAGAUCCGCUGGACGAUGGAACGAGCGGGCCCGGUCUACCCCGUCAGCUGCCUCCCCCUCUUCCACUCCGUCCUGGCAUCGGGGUCGCUGGUUCGGCAGCCGGGAGGAAUGGUGGUCGAGCUCCCGUGGCGCUGAAUGCGCAAGUCAAUGAGGAAGUGACUCGGCACCUCACGAAUUUCCAACAGAUCUUUCGCAUUGGAUGGUACAUCAUCCAGGGCUUCGUCGGGAGCCGAUUCUUUCACUUAGAUCCUGGAGUGGCAUUGGAAGUGGAAGGAGAUCCGCUGGACGAUGGAACGAGCGGACCCGGUCUACCCCAUCAGCUGCCUCCCCCUCCUCCACCCCGUGCUGGCAUCGGGGUCGCUGGUUCGGCAGCCGGGAGGAAUGGUGGUCGAGCUCCCAGGGCGCUGAAUGGAAGGAACUCAGAGGUUCAUGAGGAAGUCGUUCCACGUGAUGAGGAUCUGUGCAAGCUGUGCCUGGAGGCGGAGUUGAACUGCGCGUUUGUCGACUGCGGCCACAUGGUCGCCUGCCUCCCUUGCGCGCAGAUGGUUCGGAAUUGUCCCAUUUGCCGGAAGGCCAUCACUCGGCGGAUCCGCAUCUUCAAGGCGUGA